CUCCAAACCACCGAAACAAACCCCCCCCCCGCACCGUUGCGGUAGAUAUUCUGUCCCGCGCGGAAACUCCGUCAAGAUGUCGUCCGAUGAGAUUGUUUGGCAGGUGAUCAAUCAGCAGUUUUGCGCUUAUAAGCUGAAAACCACCAAGGGCCAAAACUUCUGCCGAAACGAAUACAACGUCAGCGGUCUGUGCAACCGGCAAUCCUGUCCGUUGGCCAACUCCCGGUAUGCGACGAUCCGGUCGGACCCCGAGACGGGCGCCAUGUACCUGUACAUGAAGACGGUGGAGCGGGCGCACAUGCCCAGCAAGUGGUGGGAGCGGAUACGAUUGUCGUCGAACUACGCGAAGGCGCUGGAGCAGCUCGACGAGCGCCUGAUCUACUGGCCGAAGUUCCUGGUGCAUAAGUGCAAGCAGCGGCUGACGCGGCUGACGCAGGUGGGGAUCCGGAUGAGGAAGCUGGCGAAGGAGGAUGAGAGGCUGGGAGAGACGGUGGUGCCGAAGCUGGCGCCGAAGAUUCGACGGAGGGAGGAGACGAGAGAGAGGAAGGCGGAGUCGGCGGCGAAGAUUGAGCGGGCGAUUGAGAGGGAGCUGAUUGAGCGGUUGAGGAGCGGGGCGUAUGGAGAUCGGCCGUUGAAUGUCGAGGAGGGCAUCUGGAAGAAGGUGCUCCGCGGGCUGGAGAGGUCUGGGGAGGGAGAGCGCGAUGAGGAUCUGGAUGAUGGCGAGGAGAUCAGUGACUUGGAGGAGGAGGAUGAGGAGGAGGGAGUCGGCCAGGUCGAGUAUGUUAGUGAUCUCGAUGAGGAUGAGGAGGAUCUGGAGGAUAUUGAGGACUGGCUCGGUGCUGGGUCGGGUGACUCGAGUGAUGAGUAUAGUGAGGAGAGUGACGAGGAGGAGGACAGUGAGGAUGAUGAGGAGGAGGAGGAUGACAGCCACCACAGUGAUGAUGAGGAGGUCAAGAAGCCGAAGCCUGGCUUCAAGCGCAAGCGCCCUGCUCCUCAGGUCAAGCCUAGGAAGAAGGGUCCCCGGGUCGAGAUCGAGUAUGAGACCGAGGGUCCGGGCAAGGAGAGUGUCCUGGCUUGAAGUGGAGAUGCAGGACAGGUGCGCAUUGGACAUAAAAAAACAAAAGGGGUGUUGUUAUUUCCAUUGUCCUUGUCAUUGUUGUUGUUGUUGUUAUGUUUGUUUCCUUUGUACUGUAUGGCGUUAUCUGGUUUCGAGAUAUUUGGUUGAAUUGCUGUCGUUGGGCAUUCAUACCCAGUCAUUGCAUAUAGUUAAUCUACUGUUUGUGGCUGUUGCUG